AUGCAGCCAUGGCUCUGGCUGGUCUUCAGUGUGAAGCUGGCAGCUCUCUGGAGCAGCUCUGCCCUCAUUCAGACCCCUCCGUCCCUGCUGGUUCAAACCAACCAUACCGCAAAAAUGUUCUGUGAGGUUAAAAGCUUCUCUAAGUCAACAGUCAUCUACUGGCUGAGAGAGCACAGUAGGACAAGCACCAAGGACAAGCAAUUUGAGUUCCUGGCCUCCUGGAGUUCUUCCAAAGGAGUUACAUACGGUGAAAGGGAGAAGAAGGAUAUAAUUCCAUCAACCGGACCCUCUCUCAGUAUCAUGAAUGUGAAACCAGAGGACAGUGACUUCUACUUCUGCGCGGCAGUUGGGAGCCCCAAGAUGGUCUUUGGGACAGGGACGAAGCUGACUGUGGUUGAUGUCCUUCCCACAACUGCCCCAACCAAGAAGACUAACCCGAAGACGAAGAAGAAACAAUGCCCACUCCCCAACCCAAAGAUCCAGAAGGGCCUGACUUGUAGCCUCAUUACCCUCAGCCUGCUGGUAGCCUGCAUCCUGGUUCUGCUGGUAUCCCUUGGUGUGGCCGUCCACUUUCACUGUGUGCGGAGGAGAGCCCGAAUUCGCUUCAUGAAACAGUAA